AUGGUCUAUCACAAUGAAACUACCAUCUGUGCUAAUUGUUUAGGUCCGUUUGUCGACGCCGAAACUUCCCCUGAGCUCUCUACCGCGCCUGACACAUGGCACCCAGACGACACCGACAGGACAGGUCCCCAGAUUCCCAAUUAUGACCAGUCCGAAUUCGACACUAUGAGAUUCGAAGGUCGCUUGACACUACCUGGAAUUGUUGCAGGGGCGCUUCAUUGGUCUCUUGAUACUUCAGGAGGUAAUGUUUCACGCAUGAGUCACGUCCCUGAGCAUUUGCUGACAGAGCAGAUCAACGAAAUUACGGCAGCCAGAAAUGCCGCUUCUACUCCAACUCUCGAUUCGCGACCCUCUUCGCCUCACACACCUGAGCCUAUACUCCAAGGUCCCCUUCCGGAUACGGCACUACCCAGUACACCUCUUCCCUCCUACAGUCAAGCCAUCUCUCACCCUCCUCCACCCAGCUUUCUGACGCCCGAGAUGAUUCAAAUCAACAUCAACUACCGCUUGCUGAAACGUCUGUCCGACUGGACUCACCACUUAAGAUGGCAACUCGUGCCUUUGGAA